AACUGAGCCGAGCAGCCAUGAAUGGGUUUGAUUGAGAGGGCGAGAGGGAGUCAAUUCAACAACUAUCCGCUCCUUUCUUCAUUCUAAAGAGGACACACACCAACCCCACCAUCAAAAGUAAAAGAAACGAAAGUAUCUAAUUCAUAUAAUGAAACGGGCACAAGCUGUCCUCUUUGUGAUCUUCUUCUUCUUCAGAGAGAGAGAGAGAGAGAGGGAUGGUAAUAUUUGAGUAAGCAAGAAUAGAAGAGAGACAGAAGAAAGGAGCGUGUGAAGAAGAAGAAUAAAGUGGAAGACAAAAGAAGUCUCACCUUCGCUUCUUUGUCCUUUGUUUCUAUUAGCAAUCAAGAUUAAAGGACCCAUCAAUGGCUCCGCCUCUCUCCUCUGUAUAAAGAAACCCUCAUUGCCAUAGCAGCCCGAAGAAAACUUUAUCUUUUCUUGCAGGGAAACAACAAUCUUACCCAACAGAGCCAGCUAGUACUGCCAUUGCACCGGCCGCAAUGCUGCUAAAAACCUCCUUUUCUAACACCAAGAAGUUCUUUCAAAGAACUCUGCAAAGCUUCAAGUCCUUUCUAUCAGGAGGCUAUCAAAGGCUACCAAAGACCCCUCCCUUCAAUCCUUUUUCUUGCGGCGGAGGCGGCUCCCACUUCAACGUCCACCCAAGUUAUGGAGAAUUGGACAAGUUGUACACAGACUUCACCGACCAGUGGGAUUCCGGGAAGGGCAAGGCGAGAAAGAGAAGCAAGAAGAAGACUGCAACAGCAUCGCCUGCAAUAAAAACACAAGAGAAGGACAUCUACAGUGGAAGCUUCAUGAAGUUCGCAAAGGUAAAAACAGUGAAUAAUAAUGAGAUGGAAAGAAGAGUCCAUGAUACGAAAAGGAGAAGCGUCCAUGAAGGAAAGAGGGGAGAGGAGCACUCAUCCUGUCCAGGUAUGGAAGAGGAAAGGAGUUAUUUGGUAGCACAAAAGCUCAGGGAGUUGGAGAUGAUGGAUGUGGGCAAUGUGGAUCAUGUUCUGGACAUAGAAGAAGUUCUCCAUUACUAUUCUCGCCUCACUUGCCCUCCCUAUCUCGACAUGGUCGACAAGUUUUUUAUGAACAUAUUCUCGGAAUUCUUCAGUCCCACUGCAUCAGCUGGGAGCCCCAGCAAGUCAAGGGCCCCCCUCAUUUCAUCCAUGAAGUUGUAGACUUGCCCUAGCUCAAGAAGAUGAAGGAAAAAAAAAAGAAAGCAGGAAAAUUGGAAUUUUCCAACCAUGUGGGCUAGCUCCUAAUGGUUCUUGUCUUGAGACCUAACUUUUCUUUUCUUUGCUUCUCGUUUCUCCUCUCGCUUGUGAUCAUCUUCCUUCAUAAACCACCUUCAUGGUUAGAAAUGAAUGGGUGUCUGUAAUCAAAUUUCAUUUGUUUCUGUUUUCUUGAUUAAUAAGUUUGGCAUUGAAGCCUGAGAAGGCACAAAUUUGUGAAACA